GAGACCAAUAUGGAGGCAACUUUGCCAGAUCAAAUUUAGACUGUGUUCAAACAUUGCACCUACCGGUUUGCAUACUCACAGUUAGCAGCGUUCAAGACGACAGGCUUCCACUCCAUCACCAACAUCAUAUAACAAGAAUACCCACCUGACAUGACGAUACAUGUGUGUCAUGUAUUCGCGUGGGAGUCCAACACAGUGAUGCCGAUUAUGAAGAAACAAGAACAAUGAGUUUACAUCACUCCUCUCUAUUGUGCAGUAUCCACAUGGUGACCUUGGGGCCGCUUCCUAGGCGGGUUUCGAGGGCGGUAUAAAGUGAGGGCCAUAGUGCAUUGGCAUCCAGCAAGAGCCCACUUCCCUCAACGAUCUACGAACUCGAUUACACAAUGCGACGUGGUCAGGAUCCUUCUCCUGCGACUCCGACACGGAAGGUGCUUGCCGACAGUGAUGACGAUCCUGACGCAACUCCAGUGCCCCGCCGUGUGCUUCGUCCUUCCACCAAACGUGCACCACCUGUACAGACUUCUCGUUCUGGGCGUGUAGUCUCGUCCUCUGCCACGACGACAAAGGCUGUACUUCCUACCGCUGAAAUGCAGGUUUCUGAUUUGCCCGAGUUAUCGAAGCCCAAUGGCGAAAUCAAAACUAUAUAUGACCUCCUGUACACUCAGCUUCCUCAAGCGCCUCGUAUCUACAAGAAAGGGUUACUUAGGAGUACGAGAGACGUCAGUAAGGCCGACAGCGAGCUGUCCAGGAACGCUUCGACGUUCGAGCAAUUGGUGUACGCUCCUGACAUGCUAGCCCCUUUGAUUUCUGCAGCGCAGGAUCGUCUGCGCGAGAAGAUCAUUGAUUGGUCCCACGAGGAUACUCGAAGCCUCGUUGUCCACCUUCAUCCAUAUCAUACCACAAGAAAGCUUCCUCCGGUUCUCUUCAGUGAAAAAGACACGGAGAGGUGGUUCAUGGAAGUAAUUCUACAACCCGCGUUAGCCUUGCUGCGUGCCGAUGUCCAUCCAUAUAAUCAAGAAUAUAUGACAGAGUCCGAGGAGCACCCAUAUGUUGCAUCCUGCCCUCACGAUACUAGCUCAGUUUCCGACUUCAUCUUUGUUUCUGACGAGCCCGAGAAGGAGACGUAUACCGUCGCUGCUACGCUGGAGAUCAAGGUUCAUAGCAUCUGGGGCAAGGCUUUCUACAGGAGUAACGACGAUGAUUUGUUCCUUCCUUUACAAAACGGCAAGUCCGGUUCCACUAUGGCAUUCAGAUGGCCGCAGUAUAGCGGUGCUCUGAAGAACGACCAUCGAACGAGGCUACUAGUUCAAGUCUGGGCUCAGAUGGUCCGCCACGACACAGACAUGGCAAUGCUCUCAUCUUACGCUGGCACCAUGUUCUUUUAUCGUGACCGCGAGAGCCACACAUUGUAUUUCUCGAAUACUUUCACAAAUCGGGAUGCUGUGAUCUUCGCAACCUAUGCUUGGCUUUUAGAGGCGUUCAAACGACAGGAUAGAGACUACUGUUUAUCCAACCCCUUAGAUUUGCCGGAGCCUAGCACGGAGCAUUGGCGUCCGAGGACCAAAGGUGAAAUGAGAGCCGAAUUCCAAGGCGUACUACCAUGGACGAUUCCCCCUGCGAUAGACCCUUCGUUAACCACGAUUACUUCCAAGAAUGCACGGGCUCUCAACGAUAGGCAGCCAGGGCCGUUCCUAGUCCCGGAGUAAUGUCAAGGUGUAGAAUUCUUUGUCUUAUAAGUCCACUGUUUUAAGAAUGUCCUGUAUGACCAGUUGUUCUGAUUCCUGUCUUUUCUGUUACGUGUAUGUAGUUAGUAAAAUGUCCUCUCCAGGUAGAGCCGUAUUCAAAUGAGCAAAUUUCCAGUCACACGAGGCGAUAGAGCCAUCAUAG